CGGCGCACGAAUCAGUUUUUUUUUCGACGCAGCGCCUGCCGGACGUGAGCGUGCGGUUGAGCAAGAUUCAGAACGAUUAUUCUCGUACCAACAAGAAGAUACUGAUACAGUGAAAGUGUGCCGAGCCGCCGGAGACACAAAACACUCUACCCUAGCGCCUUCUUGAAUAAUUCCUGUAGUAUAAAAGUAGAACAUGGAGGGCCUGCCACGCGCAUUAAACUACGAACUGUCGCAUGACUUACAUUUCGAUCACUACGCUGGUGAGGCAGCUCAGCAGAUUCUUAACAGCGGCAAACACUCGUCCGCGGCCGAGGCCUCAACACCCACGAUCACCACUCUGGACGCGCUGGCCAAUAGUGACUUCCUGAAGCAGAUUGGUGCUACGAUUCUUAACUCCAUCCAGCUGAAGCACCAUCACCAGUUCAGCGAAGCUGCUGCCUCUCCGCGAAACGCCACUGAAGCGAUCAUGGACUUUGACUUGGCCAACCAUGUGAUCCUGGACGGAAGCAGUGUGGAUCAGCUGCAGCAGCAGCUGGAGUACGACAAGUUCAUGAACGAGGUGUGGAUCGGUAUCGUGUUCACACUGAUCCUCAUCUCGUUGGUCUUCUGCAUCUGCUCGUGCUUCCUUUACCACCAGUUUCGGACCUGGAAACGCAACUAUCGCAACAAUGCGAAUAAUUCCACACAGUGCACAAUUGUUGAUAUUGAGGCAUUGAAGCUGCAUCCGGAUUCAGACGAUCCUGUGCCGGAAUAUACCUUGGUAUCGGGCUUGCCCAGCUACGAAGCGGCUCUGGAGCUGUUGCACAAAGCACCCAAAACAUCGUGCCUGAUUGUCUAUCCGAGCGUGUUUAACGUAUUCAAUAAGCACGAACGAGAUAGCUCCGACUCAACAGCAACAUCCGCAGCAAUAACAGCCCAACAAACAGCAAGAACUGAAAGCGGACCAGCUGGAAGUGUGGCAGCGCCACAGACACCUCCGUUAUGUGAGGUAACAAUGCCCCUGCUUCCACCCAGCAACACUCCAGCAGCAGCGCCGAUGGAAGCAUCAACAAUAGCACCGGCAAUAGGCACGCCCACGCCCACGCCCACGCCUACGUAUGAAGCGAUUAAGCCGAACUUUGUGAUGAUGCCCGUUGUGCCCAGCUAUGCGGAGGUAUUUGGCAGCUCCUGUCACACCAUCGAUGAAAAGAAGAAAUCUAAGACAAAAGACAGCCAGUGUAAAGACGACUUGAAGCGAUGAAAGCGGACGGAUUGAUACGAAAUCGUUCUUAUGGAUAUCAAAUUAACUGAGCUCUGUGAUAUUUUCAUUCAUUCUAUUGAUAUCGAUGGGCCUCACCAACCACCUAUGUCGGUACAUAAGUUUUAACUAA